GGUGCCGAAAUGUGAGACGGACAGAAACCAGGAAGUAAAGAGCGACAACAACAACAGAGAGAGAGAGAGAGAUGGCCCGGGAGCCGUGGUUAAUGAAAUAUGAUUCCUCCUGUCAUCUAGCACAGGAAAUUGCUGAAAAUAUUCAUGAACGUAAUAGACAAAAGAGAACAGGAGGUAAUCCUUCCAAGCUGAAUAUGACAAUUCGAACAUCUCUACAGAGGCUCCAAGAACAGAUUAGCCAGUUGAAGGAUUCUUUGUUGCGCAGUUUGUCGACACGCCAAAUUACACAAUUUGAAGCAGACAGGCGUCAAAAUUUGGUGGAUGAUUUGUUAACAAGACAGCGACAACUUCAGACAGCAUUCAAGAAUGAUGGCACAGAGCCUGAUGUAAUGAGGGUGAUGACAUCCUUCGAUGUAACAGCACUAUUUACAUCCAUAAACAUUGAUCUAGCGAAAGAGACAGUUGCCACACUGCAGGAUGAAUCAAGUAGGCAGGCACCCCAGGACACCAACAACAUCAACAAGGACACCACCAUGAAAAGACUAGAUCUGUACCUCACAACCCACUUCAUCUUCAACGACGGCAUAUAA